AUCCAAAAUGCAAUUAAAGCAAACACUUGAAAUCGGACGACAUGUAUAAUAAAUGCAAUUUAAACUGCAUUUUAUCUUUCUUCUCCAAUUAACGAUGAAGUUUUUAUUGGUGCUACUAGCGUACUUGUCGAUUAUUCGGAUGAGUUUGGCCACGAACUGCGUAGCUGUGGGCAGUUUUCGCCAAAGCAAAGAUCCAACUUGCCAGAAGUACUUCACGUGUAAUGUAAUUCUGGACAUCUACUUCAUUAAGACGGAUCUUAGUUGUGGUACCUUCAUGAAAUUUAACCCGACUACGCAGCAGUGUGACUAUACGUCUGUUUGCAUUGAUAGCUUCUGUGAUAACCAGCCGCCUCUGCAGAAAUUACCAGACCCAAAUGCGCUUAACCAGACCUGCAGACACACGUACAUCCAAUGCCAGGGAAUCACUAACCAGUAUCCGACCAUUGAACAAUGUCCUCUUGCCUCAGGAUGUUGCUAAUAUAAAUAUGUCAAAUGAAUAAUAAUAAUAAUAAUA